GUUGUUAGUUCCGGGUGGGCUUUGGGGGGCAGUCCCGGUGCAGCGGGCAGAGUAGCGGGGCAGUCCCGGGUGGGAUUGGGCUCGGGGGGGCAGUCCGCUGCCAGUCGCUCCCCGUCAGGGGUUGUUUUUCCAGCCCGUGGAGCGGAUCGGAGCCGCCGGGAUCCGCCGAGAAGCCCCGGGGCUGCCAUGAGUGAGAGCCGGGACCCCCGAGAGCCGGAGCCCUGCGGAGGCAGCAGCGCCCGCCCCCAGAUGGGUGCAUCCCCCUUUGUGGAUAAGAAUCAUUUCAAUGCCGCUCUGAGCGGUGGAGCCGCCAACCCUCUCCUGCCCUCUCCGGCCAGCAUCCAGCUCGCUCAGCUGCAGGCUCAGCUCACCUUGCAGAGGUUAAAAUUGGCUCAGACCGCGGUGACCGGUAACACGGCGGCCGCCACCGUCCUCAACCAGGUCCUGUCCAAGGUAGCGAUGUCACAGCCAUUGUUCAACCCGCUGAGAAACGCCAUGAUCGGGGCAUCCGGGGUGUCUUCUCUUGGACCUUCCAUGCACAAUAACAGAUUUCCGUCGAGCGGAAUACCGUUUUCUGCCCAGAAUACCCCGGUGGCACCAAAGCACGUUCAGAAUCCCAACCAAAACUCCACGCCGGGCUUUGGGAAAGGCGGGGGUGGAAACAAGCCUGGUUCCUUUUAUGCCGGGUCCCAGGCCUUCGCUCCAGAUACUGACCAGUCGGCGUACCACAGGUUCACAGCGGGGGCCACGGGCUCCGGGACAGAUGGUCAUUAUGGUUCCCAACAUGGAUACAAAAAGGAAUAUUUUGAUAGCCAAGGACAGCAUCAUCCCGUGAACCAAAAAGGAGAUCUGGGUCCGACAUCUCGUGGAAACCCAGCAAACAGCCAAUGGGAAUCAUCUCGCAUGUGGCAAUCGCCCCCUCAGCGCUACGAGGCCAGGAGUGACCUGUACAAUCCUGAAGAACCCACUCCCGACACCAAGUUCAGCCCCGCGAACUCCCCGGCGUUCAGCAGGCACAAUAACGGGAACGCGUCCAACUGCGUCACCAACCUCCAGCCACACGAACUCAAUGACAUCCACGGGAUUCCCCCGCUCCACCUUCCGCACACCUGCAGCAUCUGCGACAAGAAGGUUUUUAAUCUAAAGGACUGGGAGCUUCAUAUUAAAGGCAGGAUGCACAUUCAGAAAGCUAUGGCCGUGUCUGAAAAUGCCGGAAUACACUGCGUGUCCAGCGCGCCCGACGGGAUCUCCCCAUCUUCCAUGAAUGCUGAAUUUAACCCCCUCGGGAAAGACGGUUACGGAACAGAAAUCGACCAAUUAUUCGCGCCGGCCGCCCCAGCUGCUGCGUUCCUUCAGUCCGGAUUGUCCUUCGCCGGACCCCCCUCUGGAGUCAAGUUCGCCCAGAGGAAGUCCAGCACGGGUCGCGUGGUCCAUAUUUGCAACCUCCCAGAAGGAAGCAACGAGAACGAUGUUAUUAACCUGGGGUUACCUUUUGGGAAAAUCACCAACUAUAUCCUCAUGAAGGCUACAAAUCAGGCGUUUCUGGAAAUGGCGUAUACGGAGGCCGCCGAGGCUAUGGUCCAGUUCUACCAGGAAAAGCCAGCAACGAUCAACGACGAAAAGUUACUUAUCCGCAUGUCGAAGCGAUACAUAGAGCUGCAGCUCAAGAAACCGGGUAAGAAUGUCGAUGCCAUAAUCCAUGAUAUCCAUUCACAGAGGGAGAGGGACCUGUUCCGCGGGACAGACAGGUACCAAAACGGGAGAACAAGGUCUCGUAGCCCCGUGAGCCGUUCCUUGUCCCCGAGGUCUCAUACGCCUAGUUUCACCUCCUGCAGUUCUACGCACAGUCCUUUAGGAGCAUCAAGAACGGAAUGGGGGAACGGGAGAGAGUCCUGGGACCAGUCAUCGUACGGGAGGUGGGAAGAUGAUCGGGAACAGGGAUCAUGGAGGGACAACAGAGAAGACAAGAGAGACAGGACAGACCACUGGGUGCACGACCGGAAGCAUUACUCCAGACAGCUGGAAAAGCAAGAUCUGGAUGAUCGCGUGGACGGAUUGAGAGGACACCGGGAUAAAUACAGUAACUCUCACUCAUCCUCUAGAUACAAAAGCAGGGAGGGAGAAUACUAUAGGAAGGAGGCCAAGCCGAAGGCAGAUGGAAAACCUCAAGACACGCUUGGAAAAUCCAAGAGAAAAGAGGAAGGGAAAACGCGGGAGGUCAAAGGAAACCAUAAAGAGGAACCCAGUAAGAAAGACACACAAGAGGCAAAGACAAACAAAGAGUGCGAUGGCAGCGGCCAGAAGAACACGGAGAAGAACCCUAAGGGUAACUCAACCGAGGAAGAGACCACAGAGAGCGUCGAAGAAAGCAAAGAGAAUGAACAGGCUGAAGCAAAAGAAGGCGAACGUAACUCUGCGUUAAGCAAAGAAAUGAAAGAAGCAGAGGAAGGAAACGCCGAAUCAGUAAGACUUAAGGAAGAGGACUGGGAAAGCGAAAGUGACGUUUGGUAUCCAACAAAUAUGGAGGAACUGGUAACUGUGGAUGAGGUGGGAGAGGAAGACUUCAUUCUAGAACCCGAUAUCACAGAACUGGAGGAGAUUGUUUCCGUGGAACCAAAGGACAAUGAUAAUUGCGUUCAGAUGUAUCCGCAUGGAGUCGGGACUUUGGAUCUGGAACGCCGCUUGAGCCAAUCGAGCGGAAGCGAAUGUUCCUCUCCUCGAGAGGCGUCCAUCGCGAUGAGCUGUACAUCGCUGAGGGAAACCGCGAGUCCCGACAGCAGCUGCUGCGAUCCAGUCGCCAGCGUCCUGGAUGUCAGCCUGAGCGCCGAGCAGAAGUUCCACGACGUGGAAGAGAACCGAGUUCCCGGCAGACCAAGUUGCGUCCGUGAGGAGGAAGGACGGGCGGAAAGCGCGGAGGGUGAAAGUAAGACCACAGAGCCUCAAAACAUGGACUACAGAGGGGAGAUUGGGGACAAUCCAGAUCCAUGCGCGGAUAUUUAUCAGAGGACGGAGCCUCAAGCAGACCAUAACCUGAAAGCGAGGAACGUCCAGAGCCAAGAAGAAAGGCGGGACGGGAGAGAAGAAAAUCUCUCCAUCUCCGAAAGGAAAUCUGUUGAAGUCUCAGAAUUUGGAUCAAAAGAACUUCAUUCAUCACCGUCAUGGGAACAAGAUGACAUAUUUACUGACCUCAGCAUACCCCUAGGUGUGGAAUUUGUGGUUCCGCGGACGGGUUUCUACUGCAAGCUCUGCGGUCUCUUUUACACCAGCGAAGAGACGGCGAAAACAUCUCACUGCCGGAGCCGGGUUCACUACAAAAACCUCCAGAACUACUUGUCGAAGCUGGCGGAAGGAAGUUUGGGAAUAGGAGGAGUGAAUGCAGGGUCCCAGCAAGAAGAUGUUGGUAUCGUCCCUCAGUUUGAGAAGAACAGGCCAUAAAAAUAAGUUCUUCUGAGUGAAGAACAAUGGAAUAAUUCUAGAGCAACGCAAAAAAGGGACGCGUCUCAGACAUUAACCCUCUAAUAUCGAACGCCGAGGAAGUAGGGGAAGGGCAGAGAUACAAAUAAAUGAAAGGCUGCUCGACCGAAAGCAUCAGUCCUGGAACCAAAAUCUACUUUUAGGAUUCAUUUCAUCAGGAAACCCCGGUGAGAAGUUUGGAUUUCUUUCCUCGAA